AUGCCGUUUUGGCCAUUUUGUGUGGGAUUUGGGACUUCUUGUGAGGGUAGACUAAGCCUUGCUAUCGCAUCCUAUUAUAAUAAUCUAAAAAGUUCUAUCUACUCUCUUGCGAAAGCGUAUAACGCGUACGGCGUCUUAGACCAGGAUAUCUACAACUUUAAUGAGACUAGAUUCGCUAUGGGCGUCGCUGCAACGUCGAAAGUCGUAACUAGCUCUAAUAGAGUUGGUUGGGCAGUUAUUGUACAGCCAGGCAAUCGUGAGUGGGUAAUAGUAAUUAAGUGCGUUAACGCGUCUGGCUGGUCUCUUCCACCUUUUAUAAUCCUGUGUGGUAAAGUAAAGCACUUUAACCGACAUACAGCGUCUCGUAUAGCUGAAGUCUAUCGUCUUCUUAUUUUAGAUGGCUAUAGCAGCCACGCUAUACUAGAAUUCAACCAGUACUAUACUGAGAGCAAGAUUAUUACUCUCUGCAUGCCGCCUUAUACGUCUUAUCUCCUCCAGCCGCUUAAUAUAAGCUGCUUCUCGCCUCUUAAGCGCGCAUAUGGGCGCCUUGUCCCUCUCUAUCCUGAGCGUGUCCUAUCGUCGCUUAUAGUUGUCCGCACGCCCGGGGUGCUUCAGGUGCAGCAGGCUCAGCAGCUUACUACAGAGGCAGAAAGGUUAGUUAUAGGCAGUGACCAGAACCAGACUGGUGAGCGACGCCAGCGCGCGCCGCCAACGUGCACGAAAUGCCACACUAUAGGACAUACUCGGACGUCAUGCAGAACUAGAUCAUGAAUUAUAUCUCUU